AUGGCGUUAAUUGCGAUAGAGAUCCCAUUCGAGGAGACAUGUAUCAUGUGUCCUCGGCGAGGCAGCAAGCGGUGUCCUGGCUGCGGUGACGCACGUUACUGCUCAAAGGCUCGUGAUACCGGGCGCGACGAUGAAGAAACAAUAAUCGUCCACUUUAAGGACGACACAUCAAAAGACCCUCCCAACAUUGGUGUGAGAAUUUUCACCCGUGCUGGAGUUGCGUCAAAAGUCUUUCGAAGACCAAUCUUAGUGACCAGAAAAGGGUAUAGAAGAGGUUCCCGAGGCGCGAUUGAAGAGAUCCGCGACUUUGACAUGCGCGAUGUCCGGAAAGCUGCCGACUAUUUUUGCUGUGCCUAUCGCUCGACUAUGCCACAAUCGCAGCUCUCCGAUGUCCAUAUACUUGCAACAGGCAUUGCGUGCCCGAAAGACGUCAGCCAGCGUAACCUGAGGACUAACUGGCAAGAACGAGUGAUCGACGACUGUGAUCAAGUAUACCAGUCGGAAGGCAGCGGCAUUGCACACGUGCUGGCCAUUCCCCUAACUCUUUGCCGCUUCAAUCACCAUGAGUGUGUUGAACAGGGCGACGUUGUGUACACUUCCGCAACAGACCAUCUCAUGCGAGACAUCACAUCGACUACCACGGGACCGCAAGAAGGCACUCGCAACAUGCCUCGAUUCCGUCACAAUGAUAGAGCAUACGCAGGCACCCAAGGCUUUGGUUCUUCCCCAAACCACGGCGGCUGUAUGAGUAGACUACUGCCGCUUGGGGCCAUGUUGUUUCCUCGAGCACCCGGAAUUCCUAUCAGCACGGGAUCGGUGGUGGUCGCUCGCGCUGACGGUCUUCCCUUGAUACCUGUGCACCUUGAGGCAAUCUGCAGUUACAUUUCCGACAAGGGAGAGCCGCGAUUAACAAACUGCAUCUCCGGACUCAACUCUGGUGCAAGUAUACCUCAGCGAGAGCAGGUCUCGAAACUCGAUCACCAAGGCGGACUUCAUGGAAUUCUACAACGACCAGAGCGCCUCUAA